ACCACUGCUGACUUACUGGAUUCCAAUUAUUUACACAUAAUUAUAAUUAUAACUCCGAGAUGAAAGAUGCGGAAAUGUUAGAGAAAGAUGACCAAAUUUCCCGGCUACAACAGCAGUUGUAUACCGUAUAGCGGGUAUAUUUUGAGGGUAUAAAAUGUUCGCGGUUUUCGCGGAUUGAGCCUGUACCGCGAAAAUUUAUACCCACGAAAAUUUAUAUCUUAGUAGCCUAAGUAGGCGUGUUUAGUAUUAUUGACCACACCUAUCGACAAUAAGAGGAAAUAAAAAAGAGACAAGGACGCCGGUAUAGCCAGCUAGCUAUGUAUAGCUAGCUAGCUUACUCUCUCUAGGUACUUGCGCUGUAUAAUGGCUCUGUAUAAAUACUUUAAGAAAGCCGAAGAAGCAGUGGAUAAAGUUUUGCCAGAUCCUAAAGGUUUUCUUUCUGCCAAAGUUCCAUCGUCUUCAAUUUCCAAGGUUAAUGAUGCAGUGAAGGGUAUAUUAAGCGAUCAAGUAAACAAUGGAACACCAAGCACCAAGAAAAGAGGACCUUACAUCUUAGUGAAAACUGAAGAAAAGAUUCAGAUAGCCCGAAGAGCAGCAGAAAAUGGUAUUGCUAAUACCAUCAGGCACUACGCAAAAAUGUUUCCCAAUCUCAAUCUUAAGGAGAGCAGUGUCAGAACAUGGAGGAAUUCUUACAGGUUAGAAAUAAAGAAGCGUGUUAGGUGUGGUGAAGAUAAUUUAACUGUUAGUGAGCUCCCAACAAAGAAAAGAGGCCGUCCACUUCUCCUUGGAGAAGAACUCGAGGAACAAGUUCGAGCCUAUUUAACUUCACUUCGUGAAAAUGGGGCAGUGGUUAAUACAGCAAUUUUAAUCGCGUGUGCUAAAGGGAUAGUGAAAACUAAAGACUGUAAUUUGCUUGCCUGUAAUGGUGGACACAUUUCUUUAACAAAAGACUGGGCCAAAAGCCUCAUGGGGAGAAUGGGGCUAGUAAAAAGAAGAGCCAGCACCAAGGCUAAAGUUAGGCCUGACGAUUUUGAAGCCCUCAAGUUGCAAUUUCUGUUGGAUAUAAAAACUGUUGUUGAAAUGGAUGAAAUCCCUCUUGAUUUAAUAAUUAAUUGGGAUCAGACAGGAAUUAACUAUGUUCCCGUAUCAUCUUGGACGAUGGCAAAUAAAGGUGCUAAGAGAAUAGAAAUUUUUGGCGUAGAUGACAAACGACAAAUAACUGCUGUGUUCACCUGUUCUAUGGCUGGUGAUUUUCUCCCAGUGCAGCUAAUAUACAUGGGGAAAACUUUGAAGUGUCUUCCAUCGUUCAAUUUUCCCUCAGACUAGCACAUUACACAUACUCCCAAUCACUGGUCUAAUACUGGAACAAUGG